AUGGCCGACACAAAGCUCACCGACGACCAGGUCAACAACCUGACGGCCGUCUUGCGAAACGACAACACCCAUUUCGAUGUCAAAGUCCAGUAUGUCAACACCAUUAAGACCGGUAUCAAGCAGCACAAUGUCCCCGAGACGUGCAUCCCCCAGCUCUUCGAUGGCCUUCGCAGCGCCUCCAGCUCUCAGCAUGUCGCGCUAGCCACUGCCAGCUUCACGGCGCUCAAUCACCUCUUUACGCGCAUGUCGCGCCAGGAGCCCAAAUACUUGGCCAAGGAGGCAGCUCGAAUGCUCCCUCUCGUGGUGGAGAAGCUGGGGGAUACAAAGGACAAGCCUCGCGCAUUGGCAAUGCAGAGUCUAAACACCCUGUACACCGUUGCCCCCGCAGAUGUUGAGCGCUCGAUUCGAAACACGGCCAUGGUGGGCAAGAAUCCGAGGGCCAAGGAGGCGUCCAUGCAGUGGCUUUUGGAGACUCACCAACAGCACGGUUUGCCGUUUCGAGGAUAUGUCCCUAUUCUGAUGGAUCUUUUGGAAGAUGCGGACGGAAUGGUCAGAGAUACUGCUAAAAGCACCGUUAUUGAGCUUUUUAAGAAUGCUCCCGGUGCUGCCAAGUCCGACUUGAAACGACAAUUGAAGAACUUCAAGGUCCGACCUGCCAUCGAACAGGCCAUCGUGAAGGCUCUUGCGCCCACCGGUCCUCGCUCAGAAACUCCGUCAGAUGCCGCACCUGCUCCUCCUCGACCUGCCCUGUCGGCACCCUCAUCCUUUGCCGGAAGUGAACGACCCGUAACACCCAUGGAGAUUCCAGCCGAACCCGUCGAGCCGCAAUAUGUUAACACCCAUCGUGAAUUGGACGACCUCAUUAAGGAGAUGGCAACUCAUUUUGAAGGAAAGGAGUCUGAACAGAAUUGGAUGAAGAGAGAGAAGGACAUCGUGACAUUACGAAGGCUGGUGGCUGGCAACGGCCCGGCAGACUUUUUGGACACUUUCAUUGUUGGGCUCAAGGCGCUUCUGGACGGCAUCAUCAAGGCCGUCACCUCACUGCGAACAAGCUUGUCGAAAGAAGGUUGCAGUUUAGUCCAAGAGAUGGCUGUCGCGUUUGGGCCCGCCAUGGACCCCCUGGUUGAGCUUCUCAUGCAAACGUUUAUGAAACUAGCUGCCAAUACCAAGAAGAUCAGCUCCAUGAUGUCCAAUACUGUUAUAGACGUCAUUGUGAGCAAGGUCACAUACACUCCCCGCAUCAUGCAGCACAUUUGGGGCGCGGUCCAAGACAAGAAUGUGCAGCCUCGAACCUAUGCGGCCGGGUGGCUGAUGACAAUCCUGAAGAAGGAGGCUCAUCACAAAAGCCACGUUGAACAUACCGGUGGUGUCGAAAUGAUGGAGAAGUGUAUCAAAAAGGCGCUGGGUGACGCCAACCCCGGUGUCAGAGAGAAGAUGAGGGCGUUCUAUUGGGCAUUCUGGAGUGUGUGGCCAGCAAGAGCAGAUACAAUCAUGGCAGACCUGGAUCCAACUGCCCAGAAGCUACUCAUCAAGGACCCAAACAACCCCAACUCUGGGAAGAAGGUAGAGACGCCGGUUGCUGCCAGACCCGGCGCAGGAUUUUCAAAGAGCACCAACGCGGCUGGCAGCAAACCAAGUCUGCGAGAAACCAUGAUGGCUCAGAAGAAGGCUACACUGGCUACAAAGAACGUGCCAAGUCGGCCUGGAUCCGCCAUGUCUACGUUCACUACACCUCACAGUUCUAGCACGCAACUCAACACAACAACCUCGAAACCACUGGCCCGGCAUCGAACAGACACUAACACGAUAUCAGUCAACGCAGGUGGCAUGUCCGUAGCACCUAUGCGGCCGGCAAAGAGGCGAGCAGAAACGGCUCGCCCAGCAACAGCCGGCCCUUACUCCAUUCGAGACCAGCCUUCGUCUAUGGAAUCUCAUAGCCCAGAAGGUGACAGGCCUCAAUAUGCAGCGCCAUCGUCAUCGUCGAGGCCUGGGGGGGCUACUACACCAAAGAGGCCAUCUUCGAGGGUUCAGGGGCAUGUGUCUCGUGCAAGCGAGUCAAGUAUGGUAUCACCAACCCACGUUCGACCGACUGGUAUACCAUCACCGCGAGCUAGCCCAGGAAGACUCAGGCACUCCCAGACCAUGAUUCAUACCUUGAGCCCAACCAGAGCGACCGACGAUCUCACAUUGGUGGUGCCAACACUUUCUAGUAUACAGUCUGCUUCACCUAGAUUAGAAUCGCCAUAUCAACCACCCUCAACGAACCCUAUUCUCCCCACCGAAACCCCAUCAUCUCUUCGAAACGAUCUUCCUUCUCGGACGCUGAGAGUAUACGAAGAUCCCUUCACCGACGACCAGCCAACACCCACGCAGUCCCUUCAUACCGGGCCUGUUCUGGAAGAGAGGCCAAUCAACGAAGAUGCUGCCAACAUCCAGAGACCGACGCAGCCACCUCUGUCGGACGACUCCGAGUCUCCAGAGAAGAAUGGACAAAAUGCCCGCCUUCUGGAUAGCGGCAUAACGAAGAUCAAGGCCAAGACUCUAGAGGUGCACGGCUUCCGAAAACUGCAGUCUCUGAUCCGAGACCCCAGGACCGUCUUCACUGACCAGCGGUUCGAGGCCCUGCUGGUGGGCUUGUUCCAGUACCUAGAGGAUCCUCUCCCAGACCUCUCCGCAGACAAGGCACAGGAUGUCAAGGCCCAGAUCCUGACGACCAUUAAGCUUCUCCUGAAAAAGGAGCGGAGAAACUUCCAGCCCCACGUAUCAAGGGGGCUCGAGUCUCUCCUCCAGACGCGUGGCGGCUACGAUACCCGAGCACACGUAGUGAGCGGCCUGGAACUUUUGGCCGACGAACUCGUCACCCUCAGCGAUGGCUCCGAAACAGCCAUCGUGCUGACCAGGCGUCUACAAUCGUGCAGUGAUGCCACAAUCGAAGGCUGCCGUACCCUCAGCAUGGGCCUUCACGUCCUCAAGGAGAUGCUCCACAAGCGGCCCGAGUAUAUGCCCACCCACAGGGAGCUCCUGCAGCUCACUGGUCUUGCAGGCCGGUGCCUUGAGUCGACCGAUUCCGGUGUUCGCAUGGACGCCGUCAAGUUUUGCGUUGCCCUGCACGCUCGUGUCGGCGAGGCGGCGUUCUGGGAGGCCCUGGCUGGCAUCAAGGACGACCCUAAGAGCUUGAUCACGUAUUACAUUGUCAAGAAGCAGCGUGAGGACGGGUAUGCUUCAUGA